UUGAAUCCAGGCUGUCUUACCUUGAAUAACAUACCUACCUUCUAUUGUGCUGGUCAUUGUGUUGGCACUUCACUUGUCACUUCUUUUAAUUCCAAGGUCCACCCCAUUUUACAGGCAAGGAAACUAAGGCAAAACCCCCCACUGUACUCUGCCUGGGACCAUGUAUUCGAUUCAUCUGUUCGUUCCAUCCUGCCCUUCCCUGCUCACCUUCCCUAACAAAACACACACAGUCCUGCCUCCUGCCUCACUGGUUCUCCAAAGGAGCCACGCUUUCACUCAGUGCCUUUGCAUGUGCAGUCCUUCUGCCUGGAAUGCCUCGCAAGCUCCUCUGUCCUUCAUGGUGCAGCUAAAUCAAGCACAUCCUUCUCUAAGACACCCUAUCCUUACUUCUCACCAAAGCUGGUCCCUGCUUCCUCUGUGCCACCACCAUACUUCACGUCUAAAACUUCUCUUCUCUCCUCCAGGAGCCAGUCGCUGUCUGCUAAGCAAGGUGAGGGCUGGCCGACGCCCGCCUCCAGCUCGAGUCAGGGUGGCUGUGCGACUGCGGCCAUUUGUGGACGGGAUAGCUGGAGCAAAUGAUACCCCCUGUGUCCGAGGCCUGGACAGCUGCUCUCUGGAGAUUUCCAACUGGAGGAACCACCAGGAGACUCUCAAAUACCAGUUUGAUGCCUUCUAUGGGGAGAGGAGCUCCCAGCAGGACAUCUAUGCUGGUUCAGUGCAGCCCAUCCUAAGACACUUGCUGGAAGGACAGAAUGCCAGUGUGCUUGCGUAUGGGCCCACAGGGGCAGGGAAAACGCACACAAUGCUGGGCAGCCCAGAGCAGCCUGGGGUGAUCCCUCGGGCUCUCAUGGACCUCCUGCAGCUCACAAGGGAGGAGGGUGCUGAGGGCCGCCCAUGGGCCCUCUCCGUUACUAUGUCCUACUUAGAGAUCUACCAGGAAAAGGUACUAGACCUCUUAGACCCUGCAUCAGGAGAUCUGGUGAUCCGCGAAGACUGUCGGGGAAACAUCCUGAUUCCAGGCCUCACACAGAAGCCCAUCACUGGCUUUGCUGAUUUUGAGCGGCACUUUCUGCCAGCCAGUCGAAAUCGGACCGUAGGAGCCACCCGGCUCAACCAGCGUUCCUCUCGCAGUCAUGCUGUGCUCCUGGUCAAGGUAGAUCAGCGGGAACGGCUGGCCCCAUUUCGCCAGCGGGAGGGAAAACUCUACCUGAUUGACCUGGCUGGCUCAGAGGACAACCGGCGCACAGGCAACAAGGGCCUGCGGCUGAAGGAGAGUGGAGCCAUCAACACCUCCCUCUUUGUACUGGGCAAGGUGGUAGAUGCGCUGAACCAGGGCCUCCCUCGCGUACCUUACCGGGACAGCAAGCUUACUCGCCUGUUGCAGGUCAGGCCACCCAUCUCAUGGUUAAAGGGGCUAAAAAAAGGUGGUUCUGGGGCCUGCUGGGGUGUUGGAGACAAAAGCCAAGGAAUGGGAAGUUUGGCUCUCACCCAUCCACCCUGCCCAAUCCCCAUCCCUCAGGACUCCCUGGGUGGCUCAGCCCACAGCAUUCUCAUUGCCAACAUUGCCCCUGAAAGACGCUUCUACCUAGACACAGUCACUGCACUCAACUUUGCAGCAAGGUCCAAAGAGGUGAUCAACCGGCCCUUUACCAACGAGAGCCUGCAGCCUCACGUUUUGGCACCUGUUAGAUUGUCUCAGAAAGAACCACUAGGCCCAACAGAGGCAAAGAGAGCCCGUGGACCUGAAGAAGAGGAAAUUGGGAGCCCUGAGUCCCUAGCAGCUUCAGCCUCUGACACCCAGAAACUCAGCCCCCUACAGAAGCUAAGCAACAUAGACCCAGCCAUGCUGGAGCGCCUCCUAAGCUUGGACCGUCUGCUGGGCUCCCAGGGGAGCCAGGGGACCCCUCUGCUGAGCACCCCAAGGCGAGAGCGAAUGGUGCUCAUGAAGACAGUGGAGGAGAAAGACUUGGAGAUUGAGAGGCUUAAAGUGAAACAAAAGGAACUGGAGGCCAAAGUGCUGGCCCAGGAGGCUGCGGACCUGAAGGAGAAGGAGAAUUGUUCUCCCACAAUGCUCCGACCCCUUGCCCACCGCACAGCCCCUGUGGCUAAGCCCCUGAAAAAAGCUGUGGUGAUGCCCCUACAACUGCUGCAGGAGCAGGCAGCAUCCCCAAAUACCGAGAUCCAUAUCCUGAAAAAGAAAGGCCGGAAGAGGAAGCUGGAGUCCCUGGAUGCCUCUGAACCUGAGGAGAAAGCUGAGGACUGCUGGGAGCCACAGAUUAGCCCAGAGCUGCUGGCCCAUGGGCGCCAAAAAAUCUUGGACCUGCUGAACAAAGGUUCAGCCCGGGAUCUCCGCAGCCUGCAGCGCAUCGGCCAGAAGAAGGCCCAGCUCAUCGUGGGCUGGAGGGAGCUCCACGGCCCCUUCAGCCAGGUAAGGGCUCAGGGAGGGCAGCACUGGCAUCCGGCCAGAGCCGGGAAGGGGAGAGUCCGGCGCCCCUGGACCCUGUCCCCACGGCUGCUGUCUGUCCCACCAGGUGGAGGACCUGGAACGCGUCGAGGGCAUCUCCGGGAAACAGAUGGAGUCAUUCCUAAAGGUGAGGUCGCGCCCUGCCUCCUCUCCGCGCCCUGGCCCGGGCCCCCCGCCCCAGCUCUAACGUUGCUCUCCCCUUACCCCCUGUCUUGCAGGCGAACAUCCUGGGCCUCGCCGCGGGCCAGCGCUGCGGCCCCUCUUGACUGUCGUCUGUACUCACUACCUGUUUGUUUAAUCCUUGUAUGACAGCCUGUUGUGUAAAUACAGUUUUUAUUCCGGUG